AUGUGCUCACAUUUAAGAUUAGCUGAAGGCAGCGGCGCCUCCUCACAAGUUGCUCCGCUGGAUAGAGAGGUUUUACCAACAAAUGUUAAACCAUUACACUAUGAUAUCACUUUGGAACCAAACUUUGAAACUUUUAAAUUUGAUGGCCAUGAGACAAUUGAGUUUCAUGUGAAUGAGAGAACCGAUUAUAUCACUUUAAACUCAUUGGAGAUUGAGAUCCAAGAGGCAAAACUCGACGACGUUUCAAUAACAGAUAUUUCAUUCAACACUGAGAAACAAACUGUGACUUUUAAACUACCAGACCAUUUGAGAGAGGGUACAAAGGCUGAAUUGCAUUUGAAAUUCACUGGUGAAUUAAACGACAAGAUGGCAGGUUUCUACAGAUCAUCAUACCAAGAAGAUGGAAAGACUAAAUACUUGGCCACGACUCAAAUGGAGCCAACCGAUUGUCGUCGAGCAUUUCCUUCAUACGAUGAACCAUCCGCAAAGGCUAAAUUUACAAUCAGGUUGAUUGCCGACAAAAGCUUAGUUUGUUUAUCUAACAUGGAUGAGAAACUGACAGAUUUGUUGGAUGGAAACAAAAAGAGAGUUACCUUCAACACUACCCCGGUUAUGUCUACCUACUUGGUUGCAUUCAUUGUAGGAGACUUGAAGUAUGUGGAAAACAACAGCUACAGAGUUCCAAUCAAAGUGUACGCUACACCAGGUUCUGAACAUCUUGGCCAAUACUCCGCUGACAUUGCCGCAAAAACGUUGGCAUUCUUUGACAAGAAAUUCGACAUUCCAUACCCAUUGCCCAAAUGUGAUAUGGUUGCAAUCCACGAUUUCUCGGCUGGUGCAAUGGAAAAUUUUGGUUUAAUCACAUACAGAACUGUGGACUUGUUACUCGACCCUGAAAAUACCAAUGUCAAUACCAAACAAAGAGUCACCGAAGUUGUUAUGCACGAGUUAGCGCAUCAAUGGUUUGGUAACUUGGUGACCAUGGACUUUUGGGAUGGUUUGUGGUUGAACGAGGGUUUUGCUACUUGGAUGUCUUGGUAUGCAUGCGAUUCUUUGUAUCCAGAUUGGAAAGUUUGGGAAUCGUAUGUUUCUGACUCUUUGCAACAUGCUUUGACAUUGGAUGCAUUGAGAGUCUCUCAUCCAAUUGAAGUUCCAGUGAAGAAAGCUGAUGAGAUUAACCAAAUUUUUGACGCAAUUUCAUAUUCCAAGGGUUCAUCAUUGUUGAAGAUGAUCUCAAGGUGGUUAGGUGAAGAUGUUUUUAUAAAGGGUGUUUCAAACUACUUGAAGAAACACAAAUGGGGUAACACCAGAACAUCUGAUUUGUGGGAGGCAUUGAGUGAAGUUUCUGGUAAAGAUGUGGUUAAAGUGAUGGACAUCUGGACUAAAAACAUUGGUUUCCCAAUUAUCAAAGUUGAAGAAUCUGGUAACGGAGAAAUUAAAGUAUCCCAAAACAGAUUCUUGGCUACAGGGGAUGUCAAGCCCGAAGAAGACAAGGUUUUGUAUCCAGUAUUUUUGGGAUUGAAGACAUCGGAAGGUAUCGACGAGUCCUUGGUAAUGGAUGGAAGAACCAAAACCAUCAAGUUGCCAACUCAGGAUGAUUUUUUCAAGAUCAAUGGGGAUCAAGCAGGUAUCUACCGUACUGCAUACGAGUCGUCAAGAUGGACUAAGUUGGGUAAAGCAGGAGUUGAUGGUAAACUCUCAGUUGAAGAUAGAGUUGGAUUAGUUGCAGAUGCCGGAUCAUUGGCUUCCUCGGGAUUCAUUGAAACAUCCAGCUUGUUGGAUUUGGUCAAGUCAUGGUCCAAAGAAUCAAACUAUGUUGUUUGGGAUGAGAUCUUGACUAGAAUUGGCUCCAUAAAAGCAGCAUUAAUGUUUGAAGACGAAGCAACAAAUGAGGCAUUGAAAGCAUUUACGCGUGACUUGAUUGGAGGGAAGUUGAGCGAGAUUGGCUGGGAAUUUAAAGAGUCUGAUUCGUUUGCUGAUCAACAAUUGAAAUCAUCACUUUUUGCAUCAGCCGCCAACGCUGAUGAUCAAGAAGCCGUUGAUUACUGUAAACAAGCAUUCCAAAAGUAUGUUGUUGAAGGAGACAAAAAAGCCAUCCAUCCAAACUUGAGGGCUACAAUCUUCAACAUUAAUGCUAAGCAUGGUGACGAAACAACAUUUGAGCAGCUCUUUAAGAUCUACAGGAACCCUCAAUCAGUCGAGGAGAAAAUUGCCGCAUUACGUUCACUUGGUAGGUUUACUAAACCAGCAAUUAUGGACAAAGUUGCUGGUCUUUUGUUGCAAACUGAUAUAGUUAAGCAACAAGAUAUUUAUAUUCCCAUGCAAGGUCUUAGAGCGCACAAAGAAGGUGUUGAAAAAUUGUGGGAAUGGUUAACAGUUAAUUGGGACAAGGUGUAUGAGUUAUUACCUCCAGGUUUAUCGAUGCUCGGAUCAGUUGUGACUUUGGCCACUUCGGGUUUCACCAAGGAAUCUCAAAAGAAGAAAGUUGAAGAAUACUUUAGCAAAAAAGACACAAAGGGGUACAAUCAAGGAUUGGCACAAUCCUUGGACAUCAUUACUGCUAAAGGAAAAUGGGCCGAGCGUGACUCAAGGUUGAUUUUUGACUGGCUCUCAGCCAACGGAUACUCAAGUAAAUAA